AAUUUCAAAUGAUAUUCCAGUUAAGUCAUCAUCAAUGUCAACCCCACCAAGAGCAUUUAACUACUUCUACACCGAAUACAACAACAAACUUCGAUAAAGUCAUUGAAUCAAGUAAAAAUGCAUUAGUUGAUUCACUUACUACUGAAAGUAGUUCUACACAUAGUAAUUAUUGUACAAAUAUUAAAAAAAAUGAGUCAAUAUCUAAUAACAUUUUGAAUUUUGGUGACAAAAUUAAUCAAAAUGAACAAAAAAAUAUUGAUAUACUCUUGGCUCGUUCAAUUUAUGCAUCAUCAUCACCAUUAAAUUUGGUAGAAAAUGUAUAUUGGAAAGAGUUUUUUAAAAAAAUUCGACCUGCUUAUUGCCCACCUUCAACUUAUAUAAUUUCUAAUAGAUUGCUUGAUGAUGAUUAUAUGUAUACAUUAAGAUUCAUAUUGUAGAUGCCAUAUAGGUAUAUUAUACUUAAUACUUAUACACAAAGGCAAUAAAUAUCUACCUUACUAAGUAAAAAUUAACUGUAUUUCUUACUACAAUUUAAAAAAAAAAUAUUUUAUUUAAUUUUUCAUUAAAAUGAAAUAUUUCAUGAAAGUUUCAUGAAAUAUUUCACAAAAAUAAAUUUCAUGAAUUUUUAGAACCCUAUUCCUAUUGUUUAGUACCUUAUCUUGAGAGUUGUCAAACAUAUGAGGACAUUGGUGGAGUAUUAUGUGUGAUAUAUGUUGUCAACAAGAAUGUGAUUUAGAAAAAUAAGUAAAACAGAUACCUAAAUAUGGUUAAUAUUAUAGUUAUUAUAUUAAGAGUUUUUUGUAGGUCUGUUAUUAUAUUUUCUAAGCUACCUAUGUUGAAAGUAUAUUAUUUUCAUAUGUAAAUAUAAAGUAAUGAAAAUUUUAUUAUAAUUUUGUUAACUUAUAAGCCUGACUAUAUUUAUAUUUUAUAAACUUAAAGUCUGAUUGAAUAGUAAUGAGUUCAAAAAGUGUUGAUAUUUUUUGUUAUAUUAGGUUUACUAGAUGUUAUACCUACUUAAUUAUUAAAGAAAAAUUUGAAUGAAAAAUUUAGUUUUUAUAUUAAGAGUUUUUUUGGUUUUUUUUUUUUUUUAUAUAAAGUUAUGUACCGUAACAUGGGGUAACUUUGUCUCCGGGAGGUAACUUUGACCCACUUUGACCCAUUUUUUGUCAUGUUUAUGAUAUAAUUAUUCAUUUUAGGCGCUUAGGUUAUACCUGCCUACUUAGUUUAUAUAGUCUCUCAUCUGUCUUGUCUAUUUUGCUCAACAGUAAACGAUGCCGCGUAAUCCAAAAAGAUCGCUAGGUGCGAACAUCACAACUGACGAUGUAAAUGAUUAUAUGGACCGUCUUGAACAAACCUUAGCUGGUCUUCCGCCCUCACGUAUAUAUAACUAUGAUGAAACAAACCUCACAGACAUAGACGGAUAUUGGGGGGGACUUGGGGGGCUUAAGCCCCCUCGGAAGGUUCUAGUAUCUCUACUUCAAUUACAACAAACAAUAUUGAUACAAUUGUAGAAAAUAAUCAAAAUAUAAAAAAAAAAAUAUUGUUUUGUAAGAAUUUAUUUUCAACUGUUCCCCUCUUUGAGGCAUAGCGGGACGAAUUAUAACCCACAAAAUAAAUACAUUUGUGGCAUAGCGGGACGAAAAAUAACCCACCAAUAGUAGUAUAGAUAUUUUAUUUCUUUUAAUAAACCACGUUUAUCCGUUACUAUUAUUAGAUAUUUUACAUUAUUUUUUAUCAAUAGCUUCAAGAAUUAAUCGACUAUGUUGAUUUAAACGUAUGGAAUGACCAAUUUAGUAAUCCGAUGUCCUUCGUAUCGCGAGGAAAUGCGGUUACGAACUUCACAACAAAAUAAUUUUAUUUUCGUACCACUUUUGUAUUCUUGCUCGUGAUAUAUUAUAUAAAAACAUAUUAGAAUUCAUAUAAGCCGAUUAGAUUCCGUUAAAUGACAUUAUUUUAGCCGUAACGAAAUAAUAUUUCAGUGUUUAAAUUUUAACCCGCUGUGCCGUACGGUCCAUUUGUUUACAAUGAGCGCGCGUAUGAACGAAAAUAAUAUUGUCGAGUGUUUGUUCGAAGAUUUACCAUCCGAUAGUGAUAGUUUUACGUCUUACGAUGAUUCUGAUGCUGAUGAAACUUAUUUACCUAAUAAAGAUGUUGAAGUAGUGGAGGACAACAAUUUAUCUGAUGAUUUAAUGGAUCAAAAUGACGAUGAACUGGUAGAAAUUUUAAAUUUAGAUGAAGGUAACAUUUUACUAUUACCUAGUCCUAUAAAAACGCGCAAUUUGCAAAGGCAAUCACAUUUAAAAAAUAACGAUACUAAUAGUCAUAUUCGGCGUCCUUUAUUUCCACCAAUCAAUCAGGAAUCAACAGAAACUAUUGCAGUAGAAAACAAUACAGUUGUAAAUGGUCCACCCGAAAAUACAUUGAUAAAUAGUAACGAAAAUAAUAAUUUUGAAUUUACUACUCCGACGUGGUCAAAAAAUAAUGUUUUUUCACAAAAUCCUUUACCUGAAUUUACGUGUUUUGAUGGUCCAUCUAGUAUUAUUGAUAUUGAAGCUGAACACACUCCAUAUUCAAUUUUUCAAUUAUUAUUUUCAAAUGAUAUAGUAGAAUUAAUAGUGUAUCAAACAAAUUUGUAUGCAUACCAAUUAAAAAUGAAAACUGGAAAAAAUUAUAUUCCUACAGAUACAAAUGAAAUAAUGACUUUCCUUGGUAUGAAUAUUUUAAUGGGCAUAAAACGUAAUCCAAGUUAUAGAGAUUACUGGUCUACAGCUUUGGACUUACAUGACGAUUAUUUAAGUUCUCUUAUGACUGUAAAUCGUUUUGGUUGGCUACUUUCAUCUUUACAUUUAAAUGACAACUCGGUUAUGGCAAAACGGGGCGAAACAGGUUAUGAUAAAUUGUACAAAGUUCAACCUUUUUUAAUAAAAAUUCGAGAAAAUUUUCAAAAAUAUUACCACCCACACAAAAUUAUUGCAGUCGAUGAAUCUAUGAUAAAAUUCAAAGGGCGAUCAACUUUAAAGCAAUACAUGCCGAACAAACCAAUUAAAAGAGGGUACAAGGUAUGGUCGUUAGCCGAUAAACAUGGUUAUCUUUGGAAUUUCGAUUUAUACACUGGUAAAAGAGGCGACUCUGUCGAAACAAAUCUUGGAGGACGAGUAGUCAAAGAUUUAACAAAUCCAUUACAACAUAAAAAUUAUAACGUAUACAUUGAUAAUUUUUUUACAAGUGUACCACUUUUGGCAUAUUUAAAAUCAAAAGGUAUUUUUUGCUGUGGAACUGUAAAAAGUACUAGAAAAUACUUGCCAAAGUUAGAAUCAGAUAAAAACAUGACCAUGGGUGACAUUGACUGGAACAUGAGCGACCAGUAUGAUAUUUCAAUUGUCAAAUGGAAAGACAAACGAGGAGUUACUUUGCUGUCCAACUUUCAUAAUCCUACUGAUGUCGUUGAAGUCAAAAGAAAAUCUAAAGAUGGAACCACAUCAAUGAUACCUUGUCCCAGUGUACUUAAGGACUAUAAUAAUAAUAAGAACUGCGUUGAUAAAUUUGAUCAAUAUAAAAAAAUGUAUCAUAUAGAUAGGAAAAGUCGAAAGUGGUGGCAUCGCAUAUUUUUCUUUUUUUUUGACGCAGCUAUUGUGAAUUCUCAUAUUAUAUAUAAAAAAAUAACGGGAGAAAAAAUAACAUUAAAAAAUUUUCGUCGUGAAGUAUCAAAAAGCCUCGUUUCAAAAACUUUUGUUCAAAAACGCCGACAGAAAAGUUCCAGAUCACCAUCGCCUCUUCUCAUAAAAAGAGCAUCUGUAUCGCCAUCCCUUCGCAAGGAUCAAUCAGCACAUCAGCCAGACCGGACGACCAGAAGAAGAUGCGCUCAUUGUAGCACUAAAGAAAAGGAAGUUCGAACAGACUGGAAAUGCACCAUAUGUUAUGUGCCACUUUGCAUUUCAAAGUCCAGAAAUUGCUUCAAUAUUUACCACUCAUGUUAAAAUGUAAGUUUUUUUUAGUGCUUGGUAUUUUAGAUUUAAUAUAAUCAAUUUUUGAAUUUUGAUAUAUUUUUUUUUGAUUUAUUACAGUGCAAAAGGAAUAAAUGACGAUCCUGCACAGUGGGACGAUUUUUAACCCACCUAUUUUUUAUUAAUGAAAAAGUUGAUUUUUUUAUUUUUUAAUUUUUGAACAUUAAAUGAUAAGUAAUAAACAGUGUUAUGUUGUAAAAAAAUUUUGAAAAAAAUAAAAAUUUAAGUUUGUGUGCAAGACGGGUUUUUUCAUUUAUUAAAAUCUCGUGCCUCAAAGAGUUAAUUACCGCCGAUAAGACCGUUAUAUUAUCCUAUCCAUAUCUUUAUUAUCUAUGAUAAUCUAUGAGAGAGGACUAGAGAUAAGGAGGCCAAACUCUGCUGGCCACCUGAAAUGCCGCCCGAAAACCAUGAACCAUAACCAUUGUUCUGGGCAUGAACAAAAAUAUUAAACAACAGAAUAUUUUUCUCAGCUUUGGUGUGAAAUAGAAACCUUUGCUAAAGAUCAUGACAUAUCAAUACAAACACCGUCUAAAGGUGAGCCUUGAUUAUACAUAUAUUUAUUUAUAAUUCUUAAUUUUAACUAAAUAUUUACUUAACUAGGAUGUAAAAGAAAAAGACAAGAGCCAACAAUUUUUAAAAAUGUUGAUGUCACUGCAACCACAAGUACUGAACAUAGCAUCAAUGAAACUAAUGAAACCACUGAAGAUUAUUUAAAAAAAAAUGCUUUCUUUCCUGUAUUUGAUGCUAUCUUGGUAAAUCUGGAAAAAAGG